CCGCCUCCGGUCAGCUGAUCGCGCCUUUCCGGCGGGGCCUGCGGAGCGGCGCGGAGCGGCGCGGCGCGGCGGGGGCCCGGACAUGCGGAUCGAGAAGUGCUACUUCUGCUCGGGGCCCAUUUACCCGGGCCACGGCGUCAUGUUCGUGCGCAACGACUGCAAGAUAUUCAGAUUCUGUAAAUCAAAAUGCCACAGAAACUUUAAAAAGAAGCGAAAUCCCAGAAAGAUGAGAUGGACCAAAGCAUUCCGGAAAGCAGCUGGCAAAGAAUUGACAGUGGAUAAUUCAUUUGAGUUUGAAAAACGUAGAAAUGAACCAGUGAAAUACCAGAGAGAGUUGUGGAACAGGACUGUUGAUGCAAUGAAGAGAGUGGAGGAAAUAAAGCAAAAACGCCAAGCUAGAUUUAUUAUGAACAGAUUAAAGAAGAGCAAAGAGUUGCAGAAGGCAGAAGACAUCAAAGAAGUCAAACAGAAUAUCCACCUUCUUCGUGCUCCACAUGCAGGCACACCAAAACAGCUGGAGGACAAAAUGGUGCAGAAGCUGCAGGAGGAUGUGGCUAUGGAAGAAGACUCUUAAAAUGCUUUAAUUUUCUAUUUAUAUUUCUUCAGCAAUUAACAGUUCCUUACUGCCUCACCUGACAUCAUUCAGAACUGUACUUACGGUCAAUAAAAAUAUAUUUUAAUGAAUAGUGAUCAUUUACACUUUGAAUUAUUGUUAUUAUUUUUUUUUUAUAAAAAAAAUAGGAAGACGGAUACUGGUUUGGGCAGUACUUACAAUUCUGUAAUUUGAGUAAAACCUUGUCAGCAGGAUGGAGAAUAAGGCAUAUUGUUUGAAAUACUGUGUGCUCCUUGGAAAGUUAAACUUUCGGGAUAACUUUUCCCUGAUGAUCCAAGGAAUAAAAUAUAUUGGCCCUGAGCUUUUCCUAUUUUGUCUGUUGUUUUUUCAUAGUGGUAAAAGCAGAUAAAAAUGUAUCUUAAUGAUUAUAAGGUGGGGCAGGAUGUAUUCAGUUUUCAUCAGUCCAGUGCAGUCCAGAUAUUUUCACUCUUGUCAUUGUGAAAUUUUUUCAGUUUGUUAUGAAUGCCUAUAGUGUUUUAUUUCUUGAAGUCCACUUCUCCAGAAUUACAUUGCAGUUGACACCUAAGCCUGGCAAAGCUAACAUUGAUGAAGGACUUACUGCUGUUUGGAAAAUCAUAAUGGUGAUAGCAUCCAGUUCAAGUUGGACCCGCCAUCCUCCUGACCUACUGAAAUUCAAAUCUGACACAUAAUCAGGCUGACUGAGAUGCUCAAUAAAUCACAUUUUUGACUGUUUACCUAAAACUCAAGAUUAUUUUGGUAGAAAAGAAGAUCGUGUUAAAGUGUAGGUGUAUUGCAUGUUGUGGUGGUAUUUAUCUUUAUUCACUGUGUCAUCAGUACUGAGAUAAAUACACUGCUUUUCUAAACUGUCAGUAGUUUAUCUACAACAGUGUGAUCAAAGAAGGCUUUCAAAGGCAUUUAAAAUACUUUCUUGUCAGUGCUAGUUACCCUGAAAAAUACUAAUUUGUAGUUCUAUUCAAAACGAAUACAUGCUAUAGCAAGCACUGGAAAACUUCCUUGCACCUAUCACCUCCAUGUGUAUUGUGUAGUUCAGAAGAGAGUCAUAUUUGAACAUACGAAAAGGGGCAGUGGGGUGUGUGUGAAAUAAACAGGCAUUGUACUCAGUUUUUCAUCUCUUGAUUUAUGAAUUAUGUUUAGAUAUUUAGAAAACUUUGUAUUUUAGUGAGAUAAAAAUAGUAAUUCCUUCAUAUUUUCAUGAAAUUAAAAUUUGCUGAUAAGGUGAUAGCUGAUAAGUAUUUCAGAUGUACAAUAUUCUUAUGUCCCCUGUAAACUGUAAUAUAAAUAACAUCUCAAAAGCAUAUGGUAGGUUGGCCAGAAAACAUAUGCCAAUGGGGUGAAAUCACCAAGAUGCUACAGUAUAAUCCUUGGACACAGUGAAGGGAGACCUUCACAGAAUGUGACUAUACAAGUUAACUCGGUAUUUCAGCUCGGGAAAUGUGUGUUUGCAUGGCCUGUUUUACCAUAGUAUUUGAUGUCCUUGAAGUGGGAUACCUUAUCUAAAAGUCUUAUUACAGAUUAUUGGGUUUUUUACUGAGUUUUAAAGAUGUGAUGUUGAGUGAGUGCCACGUUUUAAUUUUCUCCAAAAACAGUAAAGUGAAUCUGCAAAGCGGAGAAAGGUGAGGAAUCCCACUGGAUGUUAUGCAAUAUUUGUAUACAUAUGAGGUUUUUUAGCAUUAAAUAAUUUAUACUACAUAG